AUGUCCCAGAGUCAACAUCGAGCUAGCAGCCGGAGAGGGGAAGGCGCAGCCGGAGAGGGGAAGAAUACGGCGACCACUCUCUCCUUCCCCUCCCCCCUACUUUAGCCCUUCUGUGCACUUCGCCUCCAAGUCUCCGAGCAGCCAGGAGCCGCUGCCGCCCCCGCGCCCCUGCGCGCUGUCCCCAGAGCCAAACUCAGCGAGCGUUGUUGUCCAGGCCCCCCGGCGGGGCCGGGGCCGGGGGCCAGCAUGGAGCACCUGGGCCCGCACCAUCUUCACCCAGGCCACGCGGAGCCCAUCAGCUUUGGCAUCGACCAGAUCCUCAACAGCCCGGACCAGAGCGGCUGCAUGGGGCCCGCCUCGCGCCUCCAGGAUGGAGAAUAUGGCCUUGGCUGUUUGGUUGGAGGCGCCUACGCUUACGGCGGUGGGGGCCCCGCGGCCGGGCCGGGGGCCGGGGGCGCUGGGGCCUAUGGUGCUGGCGGCCCGAGCGGCCCUAGUGGCCCGGCGGGAGGCGGCGGCGGCGCCUGCAGCAUGGGCCCUCUGGCCGGCUCCUACAACGUGAACAUGGCCUUGGCAGGCGGCCCCGGUCCCGGCGGCGGCGGCAGCGGGGGCAGCGGGGGCGGGGGGUCACUGAGCGCUGCGGGUGUGAUCCGAGUGCCCGCGCACAGGCCGCUAGCUGGAGCGGUGGCCCACACCCAGCCUCUGGCUACCGGCUUACCCACCGUGCCCUCCGUGUCUGCCGUGCCAGGCGUCAACAACCUCACCGGCCUCACCUUUCCCUGGAUGGAGAGUAACCGCAGAUAUACAAAGGACAGGUUCACAGUGGCCCUCUCACCCUUCACUGUAACACGCCGUAUAGGUCACCCCUAUCAGAACCGGACGCCCCCCAAGAAGAAGAAGCCACGCACGUCCUUCACGCGCCUGCAGAUCUGCGAGCUGGAGAAGCGUUUCCACCGCCAGAAGUAUCUGGCCUCGGCCGAGCGUGCCGCCCUGGCCAAGGCUCUCAAAAUGACCGACGCUCAGGUCAAAACCUGGUUCCAGAAUCGGCGGACGAAGUGGAGGCGGCAGACCGCGGAGGAGCGUGAGGCGGAGAGGCAGCAGGCGAACCGCAUACUCCUGCAGCUGCAGCAAGAGGCCUUCCAGAAGAGCCUGGCUCAGCCGCUGCCUGCAGACCCCUUAUGCGUUCACAACUCGUCCCUCUUCGCCCUGCAGAACCUGCAGCCGUGGUCUGACGACUCGACUAAGAUCACCAGCGUCACGUCCGUGGCGUCGGCCUGCGAGUGAGCCUGCGUGCUCUGCCCCGCGAGACCCCGCGCCCCGCCAAGGGGGUCACGGAGGCCUGAGAGCCAGGACUCUCUCCCACCCCUCCCGCUUCAGACUGCACGCAGCCCGAGAGCACUGCGCCCCUGCGCACCGCGUGCGUGCUCGUGUUCUCUGUUUGGUGGAAAAGAAGGGCACAGCGCGCCAGACAGGGACCUCCUCCCAGAUGCCUAUGCGGUUGGGUCCCACUGGAGCUGUUCAGAGUCCUCUCAGUUUGUGUCAAUUUUAUUAUGAUUUUUAACGUGGGGCCGAGAUGGGGAAAGAAGAGCUUCUGGGGUCCCCAGAGGAUAGCAUGGGCUGUCAUUUGAAUUUGUCCUGAGGAGACCCCCUUCUGUGUACUCCACUCACUGUCUCACAUGGAUACACACAGGCCCACACAGAAGCAAUUUCACUGUCCCUCUUGGUGUCACCCCAGAGUCACACACGGGACCAAAGGGAGAAUGCCAUGCACACACCCGACCAUAGCCUUCACACCCUUGACCCUCACAAUCAGUCAGACAUAGGUCGGGGUGACCCAGACUCAUUCUGAGCAGCAUGGCACUUCUCGCAAACACAAGGUCACGGCCACACUCUGACACACCAUCUCACACAAAACAGCGUCACUUGGCCUGCCAGGCCCCCAUCACAUAUAGCUGCACCCAGAUACGCACAGGCAGGUUUUCACCCGGACUCAGACUAUUUCUCCAGAUCCUGUUCAUAGGGGGGGGUUUAAGUUAUGCACUUAUAAGGUGUUUUGUGUGUAACCAUUUUAUAAAGUGCUUGUGUAAUUUAUGUGAAAAAAGUAAUAAAACCCUCCGGAUCCGGAAUCAGGGCUGCUUGCUCCUUGCUGAGCCCAGUACCUUGCUCCUUGCAGCUCCUGGGUUUGGUGUGAGCUGGGGCUGCAACGGUGGCUGCUGGUACCUGAGCUUGAGGGACAUCAGUGGACUAGGACCUGCAGGCUCUGGAGGCAGGAAAAAAGUAGGGGGACAAAUGAGAAAAGGCA